GCUAUAGAGCGAGUUAGGAGAGUGUUUUGAUGAGGGGGUGACAGGAGUUCCGUUAGCCUCGGUGGCUAAUGCUAAACACAAACAGUGACGUGUAGCCGCCAGGCUAACACUGCUGUAGCGGGGAAACUAGCACCAAGGAGCCGUUUAGGUGACCGCGGCCGACACCUUCUGUUAAAGUGGUGAUAAUAAACAGCUCUUCUGCUGAAUAAUACUCCUCAUGUCGGAGCUCCACAGACAGGCAACAAUGAAGAGGAGCCGGCACCUCAGCAGCAGUGACGACUCGGAUGAUGCAAGUAACUCGACCAGCUGGUCCCAACAUUCAUCACAGCACAGGAGGGGGACCGGCCAGAAACCCUCCGAGGUUUUUAGGACGGAUUUGAUCACAGCCAUGAAAGUGCACGACUCGCACCAGCUGAACCCCGAGGACUACUACGUUCUGGCCGACCCGUGGCGGCAGGAGUGGGAGAAGGGGGUGCAGGUUCCCGUCAGCCCCCAGUCCAUCCCGCAGCCCGUUACCAGUGUGUUGGCAGAGAAAGGGAAGGAAGUGAUGUUCGUCAGGCCAAAGAAGUUGAUCCGAACAUCGGGGACGGAGGCGCUGGGCUACGUGGACAUCCGGACGCUAGCGGAGGGGACGUGUCGCUACGACCUGAACGGCGAAGACGUGGCCUGGCUGCAGAUCAUAAACAAGGAGUUUGCAGAGAUGGCCAUGCCGCAGCUGGACGAGAUCACGCUGGAGCGGGUGAUGGAGGAGUUUGAACGCUGCUGCCAUGACAACAUGUCGCACGCCGUGGAGACGGAGGAAGGGCUGGGCAUCGAGUACGACGAGGACGUGGUCUGUGACGUCUGCCAGUCGCCGGACGGGGAGGAUAACAACGAGAUGGUGUUCUGCGAUAAGUGCAACAUCUGCGUUCACCAGGCCUGUUACGGCAUCCAGAAGGUCCCCAAAGGGAGCUGGCUGUGCCGGAUCUGCGCUCUGGGCAUCCUCCCAAAGUGCCAGCUGUGUCCCAAGAAGGGCGGAGCGAUGAAACCGACGCGGAGCGGGACCAAGUGGGUCCACGUGAGCUGUGCCUUGUGGAUCCCAGAGGUGAGCAUCGGGAACCCGGAGAAGAUGGAGCCAAUCACUAAUGUGUCCCACAUUCCCAGCAACAGAUGGGCUCUGAUCUGCUGCCUGUGCAAAGAGAAGACGGGAGCCUGCAUACAGUGCUCAGCGAAGAACUGCCGGAUAGCUUUCCACGUGACGUGUGGCCUCCACGCCAGCCUGGAAAUGAACACCAUCCUCACAGACGACGACGAGGUCAAGUUCAAGUCGUACUGCCCCAAACACUCGGGGCUGGAGGGAGCCGAGGCCCGGCCCCGGGACUCGGGAGACGAGGAGGAGGAGGAGGAGGAGGAGAAGGAGAAGGAGAAGGAGGAGGCCAGAGACAAGAAGGGAAGACGGAGAGGCAGGGUCAAAGUGGAGGAGGAGGCUGCCUGCUAUCCUUCCUCCUCCUACGUCGUCCCUCAGUUCUCCGACAAAGUGUCCAGCGACCAGGAGGCGCUCACUAGCCGCCAGCAGGAGAAGAAAACCAACCUGCGCAAGCUGAAGCUGCAGGAGAUGGAGGAGGAGUUCUACCACUUCGUGAGCGUGGAGGAGGUGUGUGGGAGCCUGAAGCUGCCGGCCGACGUGGUGGACUUCAUCUACCAGUACUGGAAACUGAAGCGCAAAGCCAACUUCAACCAGCCGCUGGUCACGCCCAAGAAGGACGAGGAGGAGAGCCUGGCCCGCCGCGAGCAGGAGGUGCUGCUGCGCCGCCUGCAGCUCUUCACCCACCUCCGGCAGGACCUGGAGAGGGUCCGUAACCUGACCUACAUGGUGAGCCGGAGGGAGAAGAUGAAGCGCUCGCUGUGGAAGGUCCAGGAGCAGAUCUUCCAGCACCAGGUCCGGCUGCUGGACCACGAGCUGCUCAACGGAGAUCCUUCCCCCGAGGAUCUGGAGAAGCUCUUCUCUCUGGGCUGGCUGGCGUCUCAGGCCCCGGCCGGCUCCUCCUGCAGCUUCUCUGAACUCAACACCAAACACGACUCCCCGAAGCCGGAAAGAAAAAAAAGCAGGGACAGAAAGAGCCUCUCCGACUCAUCGCACACUCACAAAGACAAUCAGAAGAAGCCGCUGGAGCUGAAGGAAAACAGAAGCUCUCGAGUCAAAGAGGCCGGGCCCGCGGAGACGGCGGGCCUUCCCAGAAUCCCCGGCUCCGGCACCAACCUGGAGGUGGCGCUCCUAAAGCUUCAGAAGCCAGAAGUCUUUCAGGACACUACUGCUGCCAGGCUGCACAAACCCGAGAGCAGGAAAGGCUCCAAACGGGAGGCCUCGGGACCCGAACAGGAAGCACUAGCCAGACGGAAAGCAGAGCACGAGCAGGACGACAGAGGGAGGAAGAGGAGGAGCGAGGUCACGGAAAGCUGCACCAAUCAGGUGAAGAACAGGUUCGGGUCAAAACACCUGGAGAAAACUGUCUCUAUCCGACUAGUGGAUAUCAGAAACUCUGACCCGGACGAGUAUUUCUUAGACGAAGGAACCGCCAAAAGAAACGCGGCGUCCCUGGAUCUGACGGCCAGCUCUAAGUUGAACAAAGUGGGCGUGGUUUCAGACAAGACCAGCUGUCUGAGGAGAGCUCCGAGCAACGGCCACGCCGCCGGACACCUGAAGAACUGGGGGAAGUUCCGGAUCCCCAAGCGCAGCGAGAAGCCGCUGAGCGUGACUCUGAAGCAGCACGAGGAGACGGAGCGACGCAAGCCUCCGCUCCGGCCGCUGUCCGGCCCGCCGGAGCUGCCGGAGCCGUCGUACCCGCGCACGCGGCUCCGCACGGGCACGGAGAACGACGGAUACUCGUCCGACUCCAAGGCCGGGGACGGGGAGCUGGAGCCCUGCUUGAAACGAUGCCACUCCCACGAGCUGAGGGGCGACGCGUCGCUGGGGCGGCGCUACGGCUCCGACAUCAUCCGCCGGGGCGUGCUGGCCUCCUGAUGGCGGAGCAAUAAGCUGCACUGUGUUAGUCAGGGGAGAGAAGAUGACACUUGCUCUUUGUACCUUUAUUUUUCUCUAGAAAUCAUAAAAUGGCUAGAAUAAAAAAACAAAGCUGAUAUUUAUUUUUAUUUGUAACAUAAUGUAAAACUGGGAUAUAUUUUUCUUUAUUUUGAGCUAGUUUUUAUCUUUUUUUUUCCCCCUCAAAGUAGAGAAUAAGAUGUCAAGUUGCCACUUAUAAACGCACGCUCAGAUAUUUACAAGCAGAAGCAUCAACUAGGGAAGGUGAUUGUUGCUUGGGACCAUGAGCUUGUGACGUCACGUGUGUGUGAUGAUAGUGUUUUAGUCGCCUGAGUCAGUUGCACUUCGCUGAAUCAGCUCAAACACAUAAUCCAGAGCCGGGCAGCAAAUAGGACUCAUUAGCUCUUUUUUUUUUCUUUUUUUUUUUUUUAAAUCAAGCUUCAUUGGAUGUUAACAGCCAAAAACACGCAAAGAAAACUGCCCUUUUAUUGCUAUUUAACCUCAUCAAGCUGCAGUUGUGAAACAUGGACUGGGAAUCUGCGAAGAAAAGGAGUCACGAAUGAUGAAUUUACUCAUCAGCACUUAAGUGUAAUUGAACUGCGAUCGUAUCCAUCAUGUGCCUAACUUUUAUUUGAAGCGUUUGCACUACGAGAGGACGGCACAGGUGUGAGGUAUGAGAAAAGUUAUUUUUACACUGAAAAAUGAAAACUUGCAUUUUGUACCCUCAGCCGCUGCUGUACUACUGUUAUGCAAGAUGUAUCUUUUUUGGUUCGUUGUCUUAAAGAGGAAUAAAAAAAACAAAC